UGCCGAGCUCCUGGCCUGAGGGCCAGGCGCCAGCCAGGAUGGUGGACAGCGUGUACCGUACCCGCUCCCUGGGGGUGGCGGCCGAAGGGCUCCCGGACCAGUAUGCGGAUGGGGAGGCCGCACGUGUGUGGCAGCUGUACAUCGGGGACACCCGAAGCCGUACUGCAGAGUACAAGGCGUGGUUGCUAGGGCUGCUGCGCCAGCACGGUUGCCAGCGGGUGCUGGACGUGGCAUGUGGCACAGGAGUGGACUCAAUUAUGCUGGUGGAAGAGGGCUUCAGUGUGACAAGUGUGGACGCCAGCGACAAGAUGCUGAAAUAUGCGCUUAAGGAGCGCUGGAACCGGAGGAAGGAGCCAGCCUUUGACAAGUGGGUCAUCGAAGAAGCCAACUGGUUGACUCUGGACAAAGAUGUGGUAUCGGGAGAUGGCUUUGAUGCUGUCAUCUGCCUUGGGAACAGUUUUGCUCACUUGCCAGACUGCAAAGGUGACCAGAGCGAGCACCGGCUGGCGCUGAAGAACAUUGCAAGCAUGGUGCGGCCCGGGGGCCUGCUGGUUAUCGACCACCGCAACUACGACCACAUCCUCAGCACAGGCUGUGCGCCCCCUGGGAAGAACAUCUACUACAAGAGUGACCUCACUAAGGACAUUACGACGUCAGUGCUGGCAGUGAACAACAAGGCCCACAUGGUGACCCUGGACUACACGGUGCAGGUGCCAGGCGCUGGCAGGGACGGCUCUCCUGGCUUCAGUAAGUUCCGGCUCUCUUACUACCCACACUGUUUGGCAUCUUUCACGGAGUUGCUCCAGGCGGCCUUUGAGGGCAGGUGCCAGCACAGCGUCCUGGGUGACUUCAAGCCUUACAAGCCUGGCCAGGCCUACAUUCCUUGCUACUUCAUCCACGUGCUCAAGAAGACAGGCUGAGUUUUGGCUUUGGCUUUUAGAAGUCCCCUGCCCAGCCAAUAGCCCCUACCCUAAGACCAACCCCUAACGGAGAUAUUGCACUGGGUGAAGAGACAUGGGGGUCAGCAAACAGGGAGUCAACAAUACAGUCUGCCUUCCCAA